CUGUAACGUAACCCUCACGUCAAUAAACCCAGGGCGGUCGGACUGGGCCUUUGUCUCGCGCCGCUGGGCAGAGGGCGGCGGAUUGUCUUAUUUCCAGCACUGACCACCAAUGCCAUCAGCUAUGGAGGGCUCGGAGGGAGGAGAAGGGGAAAUCAUGCGCUAUGAAGAAACAGAAGAUGACAGUGUCAGUCCCACCGACCUGUCAGAGCUGCUGAAGGAGGGGACAAAGGAAUCUCAUGACCGCGCGGAGAACACUCAGUUUGUCAAAGACUUCCUGAAAGGACGGAUCAAGAAGGAGCUCUUCAAGCUGGCCACCGCGGCACUUUACUUCACGUACUCGGCUCUGGAAGAGGAAAUGGAUCGCAACAAGGACAACCCAGUCUUUGCUCCUCUGUAUUUCCCCUUAGAGCUUCACCGGAGAGAAGCAUUAAUCAAAGACCUGAAAUAUUUCUACGGAGAAGACUGGGAAGAGAAGAUCCAGUGUUCAGAGGCAACUCAGCACUAUGUGGACAGAAUUCAUCACGUGGGACAGCAUGAGCCAGAGCUGCUAGUGGCUCAUGCUUACACACGCUAUAUGGGAGACCUCUCAGGUGGGCAAGUGCUGAAGAAGGUAGCCCAGAGGGCCCUGAAGUUGCCCAGUACUGAGGAAGGGAUCCAAUUCUACGUGUUUGACAACAUUUCCAAUGCGCAGCAGUUCAAGCAGCUUUACAGAGCAAGGAUGAAUGCUCUGGACUUGGACAAGAACACGAAGGAAAGGAUUGUGGAAGAGGCCAACCGAGCCUUCAAGUUCAACAUGCAGGUAUUUGAUGAACUGGACGAGACUGGCAAGUCGCUAACAGAAGAAGCCCAGGAUGGAGGCUUUCCAGUCCAUGAUGGAAAAGGAGACCUACGCAAAUGCCCUUACUAUGCAGACAAACUAGGCAAGGCAGGACCCAGCUGCCCCUGGCAUGCUGCCGUAGCCCUGGCGAAGCAGCCCCUGGUGCAGCUGAUCCUGGCGGCCUGUGUCGCUGUGGCCGCAGGAGCUGCAGCGUGGUACGUCAUGUGAGGGCGAGAGCGGCGCGUGGCUCUGAGCAGCGGCGAGCGGAGAGACGCGCCUUGUCCUUCUGUGGACUGGUUCCUUGCUCUUGGUGGUGAGUUGACUGCGCAGUGGAAGAAAUUAAACAGGAAUGCUGCGGGACUGGUAAAGACUCUUUGCACACGAAUAAUGGAAACACUGUAAUAGAAUAUCUCUAGCUGACUAGUGUACAGGACUGAUCCAGUUUGAGGAUUCUGGUUUGGUGCUGUUCUACCCAGGCCAGGGCAGAUUUAAGGCCAGAGAUGUCCUGUACCAGCAAAGGCUUUGCCUGCUUGGCUUUCCAUCUCCUUCCCGGAACAGUCACUGGAGGGAGUCUGCUGCCCUGGGCUGCAACCUGAGAAUGUGUCAUCAGUCUUUUCAGUGAAGAGCACUUCAUUUCCUAUCCUGAGAAACCAUUUUGGCCGUGCCACAGCAGCUGUGCUAUGGGGCCGUUAGCUCAAAGCAGGGUCCUGCUUGGUGUGGUGGCCUGGGGACCAGGUCUGACUCUGUUGGAAGCUCCCUGGAGGUGGGGACAGGACCAGGUGUGGUGGGGGGGCUGAAGGUGACAAAUGUGUAUUGUGCAGCAUUGGGGUUGUGGGCUGGGUUUCUUUCUGAAGCCUUGACUGGAAUAAAAAGUUGCAAUGCUGUA